AUACGACUAAUGUUAAAUAUAAGUUUUAGUAGAUGGUGUGGUAAAAAUCGAACAAAAACAAAGUUUUUAAAAUAAAAUGUAAUUAAAAGAAAGAUCCCCAAGUCAAGAGAGGGAGGGGAAAAGCAAAAGAUGUCGUCGGCAUCCGAGGAGGGAUCAUCAUCGGACGAGGAUCAUGAAGUAGAAGAAGUAAAGAAAGAAAUAUGGAAAGGCCACUACUCCUCCGCCCACAAAAUCCUCCUCGUCGGCGAAGGCGACUUCUCCUUCUCUCUCUGCUUGGCCCGAUCUUUCGGAUCCGCUCGGAACAUCGUCGCCACCACCGUCGACACCCACCAGCAACUGGUGAAGAAAUACAGCAACGUUGCUGAGAAUGUUAGGGAGCUUCAGGACAGAGGCUCUGUGGUUCUCUAUGGUGUCGAUGCUACUGCUAUGAGUAACCACUUUUUCAUCACCACGCAGCGCUUUCACCGAAUUGUUUACAACUUUCCUCAUGUUGGCUUUCGCUUCCCGGAAGCUAACGGCUGCCAGAUCAAAUUGAACAAGCAGUUAGUGAAAGGGUUUUUGAAAAAUGCUAAAAUGUUGCUGAAGAAGGAGAAUGGUGAGAUUCAUGUGAGUCAUAAGGUUGGUGAGCCGUACGACAGCUGGAAUUUGGAUAAAAAGGCUGAAAAGAUUGGUUUGGUAUUGUACGAGAGGAGCCCGUUUUUCAAGAAGAUGUAUCCGGGGUAUGCGCCAAAGAGGGCUCAUGGUGCAGCUGCUGAUGAAGCUUUUAAGUUGGGAGAAAGUGCUACUUACAAGUUCAGGCUCGGUUAAUGUGUGUAGGUUCGGUUUCUAAAUGUUAAUACUUUGGAUAAACUUGUGUUGCGCAUUUAUUCAUAUAGACGGUUUACGCUAAGUUGUGUUUAAGUAUGAUAUUACAAGUAUGCGCGAAUGUAGAGUAGUGUAGCUGGAUGCUGCUGAGCUCCAAGAUUAUUAAUAUCAAUCGGUCUUUUAACGAGCUGCAA